AUGGAACUGCCACCCUUUGACAUGUGGAAGGACUACCUCAACCUGAGCCAGGUGGUGCUGACGCUGAUCCAGAGCCAGAGAGAAAGGUUGGAGGCCGAGAGGCUUGAGGAGCAGGGACCUGGCCCCCAGCUGGGGCGGGAUCAGGGGCUGGGGGCUGCCCUCUGCAACUUCUGCAAGCACAACGGGGAGUCCCGCCAUGUCUACUCCUCACACCAGCUGAAGACAGCGGAGGGCGUGGUGGUGUGUCCCAUCCUGAGGCACUACGUGUGUCCCCUGUGCGGAGCCACCGGCGGCCAGGCCCACACUCUCAAGUAUUGCCCGCUCAACGGCAGCCAGCAGUCCCUCUACCGCCGCAGUGGUCGCAACUCAGCAGGCCGCAAGGUCAAGCGCUGA